AUGNCUUCAAACGAUUCUUCAGUGGCGACUUCUUACAACAACAUCGCUUCCGUUUAUCAUAGAAUACAUAAAUACGAAAAAGCACUUGAAUUCUAUAAAAAGGCACUUGAAAUUCAACAAGAGACUCUUCCUUCAGGUCAUCCACAUUUAGCAACUUGUCUUUGUAAUAUUGGUUUAGUGUUUAGUCACAUAGGCGAUUAUUGCGAAUCCCUGACGUAUUACGAAAAAUCACUGCAAAUUCGAGAAAAGUGUCUCGCAAAGAGUGAUCCAGCGUUGGCUGCCACUUACAACGGCGUUGCUACUUGCUAUGAAGCUAUGAACGAAUAUUCAAAGGCAAUUCGGUUUUAUGAACGCGCUCAAGACAGUGCACAAUAUUCUUUACCGACUAACCAUUCUUUUCUACAAAAUAUUCGAAAGAAAAUUCAAUUAUUAAAAACAAAACUAUAA